CUGAUCCGAAAAUACCACGAUAAGCAGAUAAGAACUAAAAAAAGUUCGAAAGGUUACUAUAUCAGAACAUUACGUCAAUUCAUCGCGAAACAGCGUAGCGUUCAGUUAAACUUCAAUGUUCGGUGAUUUACUCGAGAAUUCCACCACCGAGGGGGUGUUUUCUGCAUUGGUGAACAAGGUACGUGAUUGGAGUUUACAGACGAAUAAUGGCGGAAACGAAAUUGAUGUCAGUCACGGCGUUGGCAGCGCGGUGGCGGUCGAAGGCGCUUUUAAAAGAUAUGGUCGCGUUCAGGUACUGCACGACCUCUCAAUGGACGUGCCCAAAGGAUCCAUAUACGGCCUGCUAGGUGCGAGUGGGUGCGGGAAGACGACACUUUUGGGCUGCAUCGUCGGCAUCAAGCGGCUCGAUUCUGGGAACGUGUACGUCUUCGGGGAAAGGGCGGGAGGGCGAAACGAGUCGCGGAUCGGGUACAUGCCCCAGGCGACGGGUUUGUACGGCGAGUUCACCGUUACGGAAACCCUAAGGUUCUUCGGGAGGGUUAUUGGAAUGGACGAGGCCAAAAUCGACGAGAGGUCGAGGUACCUCGUCGAUCUGCUCGCGCUGCCACCGCACGAGGGCUCGGUGGCGAACUUGAGCGGCGGACAGCAGAGACGCGUGUCGCUGGCGGUGGCGCUUUUGCACGAACCCGAACUGUUAAUUCUGGACGAGCCGACGGUCGGGGUGGAUUGCACGUUGAGGGAGCUAAUUUGGGAACACUUCAAGAGCCUUACGGGGAACGGCGGAGUUACCAUUAUCAUUACGACGCAUUACAUUGAGGAGGCGCGGCAAGCAAAUCGUGUCGGUAUAAUGAGAGGCGGUUGCCUGAUGGCCGAAUCGGCACCCGCCGUACUGAUGAAGCGGCACCAAGCGGAGACGCUCGAAAGGGUCUUCUUGGCGCUGAGCGUGGAACAGAACCAGGCGAAGCGCACCGUAGGGAUCGCCGCGCGGGCGGAUCGGCCUAAAGCUACCGGAAGGUGGCCCAUCGAACGCGGCCACAUGAAGGCGUUGGUGUGGAAGAACGCCUUGUGGUUGCGUAAAAAUCUCACGGUCCUCGCGGUCGUCACGCUGCUUCCCGUCGUUAUGGUCUCAGUAUUUUGCCUCGCGAUCGGACAUUCCCCCUUUGACCUGACGGUCGCCGUAGUUAACCAGGAGGUGGGGUUCCGGAACUGCAACUCGACUCUGGUUUGCGGAAGUGAGGAGGCUAGUUGCGCGUUCCUCGGGUACUUAGAGGAACGAGGUUUGGUGAUGCGUUACUUCGAGAGUGAGGGUGACGCAAUUGCGUCGGUAAUGAAAGGUGAGACCUACGCGUCGAUUGUCAUAAGGAGAAACUACUCCCGUGGCUUGCACGUCCGUGCUUACGACUGGCAAGGAUUAAGCGUGAGCGAAUUGGCCGGCUCCUCCAUAGAUGUCUUCAGGGACCUCUCGAAUAAACACCUAGCAAUUCACCUUCAGAUCACCCUCUACCAGACUUUCCAGCAGUUUUUCUACGACUACAUCGAAAGUUGUGGACGACGCUGGGAAGCCAUGAAGGUGCCAGUACAGUGGGAGGCCGUUUAUGGAAGCAUGAAUCCGAACUUUACCGACUUUUCUAUACCGGGCGUCCUACUCUCGAUCAUCUUCAUCAUAGGGGUCAUUCUAACCGCCUACGCCAUGCUUAUAGAGCGCAACGAAGCCAGCUUGGAACGUACACUAGCAAUGGGCGUGACUAAAGUGGAACUACUUACCGCCCACAUCGUCAUAGAAUACGCCAUAAUGAGCACGCAAAUAGUACUAGCAAUGCUCUGCGCAUUUUUAGUGUUUGGAAUGACCAUCGAAGGCUCUCUUUUGUUAUCCACCUUACUGCUCAUGCUCGCGGGUUUCUGCGGCAUCUCCUACGGCCUCGUCAUAUCGUGCGUGUCAAACUCGCCGAUCAUCAUCGCCCUGGCGGCCAUGGGAAGCUACUUCGCGAUAGUUCUAACGGGCGGACUAAUCUGGCCGAUCGAGGCGAUGCACUGGCUCCUGAAACCGUUCGCGCUGUUCUUCCCUCUGACGAAGUCGACGGAAAGCCUAAGACACAUCAUGCACAAAGGCUGGGGAUUGUUCGAUGGGGACGUUUACGUCGGGUUCCUCUCCGUCAUUACUUGGAGCUUGGUUUUGCUGUCAUUCAGUGUGGUUCUGAUUAAAUUUCAAAAGAAUUGAUCAUGUCGCCUUCACCACUUCAUCCCUCAGCUUCCAAAUGGCGAGUCUAGUAAAUAAACAACGUAAAUAAGACCUUCAGCUUUAGAGAACCACCUUUGAACUUUAAACUUGAAGAAUGAAUUAUGGAAUAUCGAAGUGUAAGGUGUUCUUACGGUUUUGCCUUCAGGUCACUCAAGCCGGCGGGCCAAAGGUCAAAAGACGAAUCAGUUUUAAGCAUUUGUUAUAAUUAUAGUGUACCGGUUGCGUAUACACCUUUGGCUAGCACAUAAAUAACCCCAAACCACG